AUGCGUACCACAACCACCAUCAGCUCAAUCGUGCUGCUCCUCGCAUCGUCCUCCCUCGCCUGCGACAUAUCCCACCUCACCAAACGCUCCAGCAGCACCUCCCCCUGGUCCUACGACACCCCAACCCACUGGGCCGACGACGACCAAGCCAACAUCCUCUGCCACGACGGCAUGCACCAAUCCCCCAUAGCCCUCACCUCCCAAUCAAUGGGCGGUCCUCACAUCCCUCUGUUCAACUACGAAGGCGACUGGGCCGGUCAAAUCAGCAACACCGGCCACGGGAUAAAAUUCGUAGUCGAUCGGCCCGAAGGAGACAACACUGCUCUGCCAUCGCUGGAUUUUGAUGGCGAGAGGGUUUAUCUGGAUUCUUUCCAUACGCAUGUCCCGGCUGAACAUGUGAUUGAUGGGGAUCGGUCUACUGGGGAAAUGCAUUUUGUGCAUGUUGAUGCGCAGGGGAAUCCGAAAGCUGUUGUUGCGUUCCGGUUUGAUCCGAGUUCUGGGUCGCGGAAUGUGACGAGUACGUUCUUUGAGCAGUUUGGACAGUUCCCGGCGCUGGAGGAGCAUGGAUCUCAUAAGAGAAGUGUGAAGGGCUGUCGGCCGAGUUUAGCGCUCCAUGAGGUUGCUGAGUACCACAGCUAUUGGUCGUAUAGUGGCAGCUUGACGACGCCGCCGUGCUCAGAGGGGUUGAGAUGGUUUGUCGCUAGGGAUGUGAUGGUAUUGGGAGAUGAGCAGCUGCAGGCAUUGGUCAACGUUAGCCACUACUCUGCUAGGCCGACACAACGUUCUUGGCUCCAUGACGUCGGGAAGUAG